AUGGCUCCAAGUACUGGCGGGAGCCCUCCACAAAGUGUGAACCAGAUUACCAAGACCGCCCAGGAGUAUGAGUACAACCCUGGUGUUCCACUCAAAUAUUGGCUCCGGACUGCGGCCACUCUGAUCCGCGAGGCCCGAAUCUACGAGCGCGAAGGCCACGACGAGCAAGCCUAUCUCUUACUCUUCCGACACGCCCAGCUGGUCCUGGUAAACCUGUCAAAACAUCCCGAUGCCAAUAAAGACGAUACGCGACAGGCCUUGGUGGCUGCCGAGAAAGAAGUCGAGAAAAACCUCGCCAAAUUAGAAGUUCUGCGACCGAGAAUCAACAAGCGAUAUGAACGGCACACCCAAUUAAUGCGCGAGCGAGAUUCUCGAAAGUUACCUUCGGAACCUACACCAGUGCUUGGACAACAAAGACCAGCGGACCCUGCUCUGAGUGGCGUGGCGGAACCAUUGGAAGCUGGCGAAAACCGUGACCUAGCCGUUCGUUUAGCUCAAUCCGAACUCAGUCGCAGAGCUACUGUACGAAAGAAUGAAGACGAUAAUCGCCGAGCGGCGGGUGUAUGGGGCGGUUGGGAAACUGCGCUCAAGACUGAUAAGCCGCCCGCCGAUGAUGAUCUCAGCCGGCGAAUUCAGAACAUAAGAUCCAACAUUGAUCACACACAGCCUUUGCCUCAGACCCAACGCUAUGCACAGAACCCUGUCAUACGCGAAUCUCCUGCCGUAUCAGCCACUUACAACUAUCCAAGCGUCCCACGCCAGAAAACGUUUGAGCCAUCUGUUCUACCAGGCCAAAUCGCGAUCCUGGACAAGAAUGUUCAACGACAACCACCCCCGGUCUUGCCGCCAAAGGAACGUACUGAGCCGCAGAGAGCAUCAUUAGUCGAUGGUUCGCCCCCUCCGCUUCCAUCCAAGGUGUCACCAGCACCGUCGGCAUCUGCAAAAAUACCAGCAUCCAACGAUGGAGAAACAUCAACUUCCUCCGACCUCGACCCCUCAAGCUACACUUUCAAGCCCUCAGCUUACCUUGAGAAUGGAAGUCCACUGCGCUCCGUGUUUCUUCCAUCUAGUCUCCGAGGUCGUUUCUUGUCUCUGGCAUCCUCUAACACCCGCCAAAACCUAGAGACAUGUGGUAUUCUUUGCGGUACACUAGUCUCCAACGCCUUAUUCAUAUCUAGGCUUAUUAUUCCAGAGCAAAUAUCUACAUCAGACACCUGCGAAACUACCAAUGAAUCAGCGAUAUUUGACUAUUGCGACUCUGAAGAUCUGAUCAUGCUGGGAUGGAUUCACACACACCCAUCGCAGACCUGUUUCAUGAGUUCUCGAGACUUGCACACCCAUUCCGGGUACCAAGUGAUGCUCCCAGAGAGUAUUGCUAUUGUCUGUGCACCAAGUAAGGACCCGGACUGGGGUGUCUUCCGCUUGACUGAUCCUCCUGGCCUGAAGACGGUUCUCAACUGCAGACAGACGGGACUGUUUCAUCCCCAUGCCGAACAAAAUAUAUAUACAGGCGCUUUACGGCCAGGGCAUGUCUUUGAGGUUAAUGGCCUAGAAUAUGAGACUGUCGAUUUACGACCCAAGGAUGCACGUUGA